UUCGUAGUGAGUAGGCAUUGCAUUUGUACAUAAAUUUAUUUGGUGAAAACAAUUUGUUUUGCAUUUAUUGAUUCAUUUCAAUGUAAAAAAGCAAAACUGUAUUUCUUCCGCUAAUUCACAAUGCCUGAAGACUUCACAAAACUAUUCUUUAGUCAGAAAAAUGUUAACAUGGGAGCUCCGCCAAUAAAUGAAAAUUACCAUAAACUUAUAACAAAUUCUGAAGUUUUAGAUAUAGCUAACCAAGUAAUAAGUGCAAUUCAGCCUAUGUUCAUAAGGCUAAUAAGCGAAGUGCAAAUCUUGCGUAAGGAGUUGCAGGAGCUCAAACCAGAAAGAAAGAAAACCAAAACUUUAGUAAUGCCUUCCGUUCCAUUCAAGGAUAUUGAGUCGUUUCUGGAAUUUGAAAAAAGUCUCCAAGAAAUAAACGAAGCAUUUAUUUCUCUUGAAAGCGAACUGAAACUUGUUGCCAAGGCACCAAAUUUCGUAAAGAAUUGCUGGAAAAAAAUAAUAACAGAUGAAUUGGGAGAACGACUCUGCUGGAAAGGGACGGAUACAAAGAGAAGUGUUCGCAAUUUUAGUACAACAAAAGCAAUACGAAAUGCAACUUUAUCAUUGGGCUACACGGAGGACGCAUUCAUUAAGGACACGCGCACUUUCUUUCAAUUCGCUAAAAAUCGCAUAAAGCUGCGAAACGAUUACAAAAACAAAAAAUAAAAUGUAAAUUAAAAAAAAAAAACAUAAUAAUAUUAUAACUUUCACUAAUAAUAGUUGAACUAAUUAUCUUAAUGUAAAACACAACUGAAUUAAUAAAAAUGGAGUAA